GCAAACACAGUCAAAGCACAGCGAUUAUCUCUCAGAAUGGAGGACUCCAAGCCUGCAACCCAGUUCAUUGUUGAUCAACAAGCGCAAGUCCGGGACAGCCUUCCCUUCCAUGAUAAACGAGAUUUUGUGAACGCCGAGAGGGGUUUGAGGGGCCGUCUGAAGCCGAAUGUCGUUAAAGAUGGCCAGGGCGAGCUCGUGUGGAACAACGAUGCCUACGAGUUCCUAGAGACCGAUGCUCCGGACACGGCGAAUCCAAGUCUAUGGCGCCAGUCGAGGCUGGCUCAUCUGGAUGGGCUGUAUCAUGUCACUGGCGGCAUCUACCAGGUGCGCGGGCUCGACCUCUCCAACACCACCAUCAUCGAAGGUGACGAGGGCCUGAUCAUCAUCGAUCCACUCACGUCGCAAGAGACCGGUGCUGCUGCGUUUGCCCUCUACCAGGAACACAGGGGUAAAGACCGAGCCAUCAAGGGGAUCAUCUACACGCACUCUCAUGUCGACCACUUCGGCGGGGUGAGAGGUUUCGUCACAGACGAAGAUGUCGAGAAAAACGACAUCAAGAUCCUUGCGCCGGAGGGCUUCCUCGAGCACGCCGUCUCCGAGAAUGUCUUCACCGGCACAUCCAUGAGUCGACGUGCGGCAUACAUGUAUGGCGCUGCUCUCCCCCAGGGGCCGACAGGCCAGAUCGGCGCUGGCCUCGGACAGACAGUCUCAACUGGGACGGUCACUCUGAUCGCACCGAACGUGGAUAUCACGACUACAGGCGAAACCCAGACCAUCGAUGGCGUCGAGAUGGUGUUCCAGAUGGCCCCGGACACCGAGGCCCCGUCCGAGAUGCUCAUCUACUUCCCGGGAUUCAAGGCAUUAUGUGCCGCCGAGGAUGCCACUCACACCUUCCACAAUAUCCUCACCCUGCGAGGUGCGGUCGUCCGCGAUCCCCACGGGUGGUCGAAAUACUUGACUGAAACGAUCGACCUGUUUGGCAGCGAAGCGGAGGUGGUCUUUGCAUCCCAUCAUUGGCCGACCUGGGGGCAAGACAACGUCGUCGAAUUCCUCACCUCCCAGCGCGACCUCUACGCAUACGUGCACGACCAGACCCUCCGUCUCCUGAACAAGGGGUACAAUGGCCCGGAGAUCGCCGAGAUGAUGACCCUGCCCCCUGCACUGGACAAAGCCUGGAGCGCCCGCGGCUACUACGGCUCUACCAACCACAACGUGAAGGCCAUCUACCAGCGCUACUGCGGGUGGUUCGACGGCAACCCAGCCCAUCUGUGGGAGCACACCCCUGUGGAUAAGGCCAAACGAUAUGUUGAGCUCGCCGGUGGAGAGGCAGAGAUCAUUCGCAAGGGCCAAGAGGCGUUUCAAUCCGGGGACUUCCGCUGGGCCGCCGAGAUCCUCAGCCACGCCGUCUUCGCUAAUCCCGAUAGCAAGAUUGCCAAAGAUCGCCUCGCCGAUGUCUACGAGCAGCUCGGAUACGGCGCCGAGAACGGCACCUGGAGAAACUUCUACAUCUCAGGGACCACCGAGCUGCGCAGUGGGAACUUCGGUACCCCGACGACGUCAAGUGCGCCGGAUGUGCUGGCACAGCUCACGCCUGAGAUGCUCUUCGACGCCAUCGCUGUCCAGAUUAAUGGGCCGGAAGCCUGGGAUAAGGAACUGGCUAUUGAUGUCGUCGUCACGGACCUGGGAGUUACCUACCGUUGGUGGCUGUCGAACGGGGCACUAGUCUACAGCUCGGCCACGCAUUCCGGUUCUGCCGAUGUGACCCUCACUGGGACGAGUAAGCAGCUUACUGUGCUUGUGAUCUCUGGGCCUGAUCCGGAUGCGCUGGAGAAGGCGGGUGUCAAGAUUGAUGGGGACACUGGUGCACUGGGUACACUUUCGGCGCUGAUCGACCCGGGUGAUCCUAGCUUCAAUAUCGUUACUCCCUAGACUGAGCUUAUGGCACCCGUACAGUCAUAUAUUUAGCAGUCCUCGGAUGUUUCUGUUUAGUGGAGGAGAAAAAGGAAAUAAAGAAAAACAAAGGUGUGAUCCAUAGUUCG